UUUUUGCUGAACCUAAUAAUCAAAUUUCAAGAAUCGCAGGAAUUGAUGGAGACCAUCAAUUUAUUGAUAGUUAUGGAAGGCAAAGGUUUUUUAGAGGACUUAAUGUGGUUUAUAAAGGAUAUCCUUACUAUCCAAAAAUUGAUGCUUUCGAUCCAAUAACUUCUUUCACAGAAGAAGACAUUCAG